GUGCUAACAGGUUGCUAGUUGCUAGCUAACAGAUUGUUGGUGCUAGCUAACAGGUUGCUAGCUUGUUAGCCCGGCUGAUAGUUUCUUCUGGGAGUUUGACAACACGCGGAACAUCCGGCGAACAUGAGGACACGUGACCGCGUCUAGGAAGGAGUCUGACAGAAAGAUGGAGAAGCGUUUUGACCCUAAACCCCAGAGGAGACAGAUGGAGGAGCCGGCGGAGUCUCACAGAGCUUCAUCGCCCCCUCUUUUUUUAUGUGAAGAGACUGGCCGUCUUUCAGAGGGGAGCCGGUCAGGUCCGAGCCCAAGGGCAGCCAGAAGAGGAGACGUACCCAGGAAUCAGGGCUCCAACAACAGUUGGCGGGCUCGAGACACCAGUGAUGAUUUGCCAUGGAGAGACAGGUCUACACUGAAUCCACAAGCAAAGGUAUGGGUUCCGUUUGAUGAUUUGUAUCCGUCUCCAAAGGCAUCAAGAAGCAACGAUGGCUCCGCAGCUCAAAGCAGAGUCAUGGACAAGAGCACAACGGAUGCACAGAGAAGAGGUUUUAGAGGAACCAGCUCUGCCUUGAACUCUGCAGGGACGUCAAAACCAGCACCGACCAACUUGGUCCCAUUUGAUGUGAAGAUGGCAGAUUUCCCAGAUUUGCCUGGUUUUCCACCAAGAAAAGCAGCCCGCUGUCGUCUUGAGAAAGAGCGCUUGGGUCCAAUUCCUUAUGUCACAAGCCCUCAAAUGCGACCGCCUGCAUCUACCCUGGAGAGACGAUCCCCACCACGGCCUGAUCUCCAACAGAAAGGCAUCAAUGUAAAACCGGAUCCCCCUGCCAUCCCAGCAGAUCAGCCAGCGUCGAUAUCCUGGGCUAAAGUCGCCUGUCAGCCUCCGAAGAGAAUCGUCCUUAAAGAAGAAACGCCAAUCACCAGCUACCUUAAGCAGAUGGAGGAGAAAGCGGCAGCGCAGGAGGAGGGCACUGCUGGGAAGAAGAGGCGCAAGAAAGGGAAGAACAGACAUAAAGGUUAUGAUGACGUUGAGGAAGUGGAGAUUGAAGCAAUUUAUCAGGAGCCUCCAAAGUUUGAGGAUGAAGAGGAGUUUCCAGGCUUGACUCCUGCUCUGACUGGGACCAACAGAUUCUUAAGCAGCAGCAAUGCAGUUGAAAACCAAAGAAUUGGAGCAAAAACUCCGUCCACAGAGACCACUAAGAAAGGACAGGUGUCUGGGAAGAAAAGCAAAGUUCCUUUUCAGCUAGACAUCGGGAACAUAUUGUUCGAACUGGAGAAGAAGCACGAACUUUAUAAAGCCAAGCUAGAAGCCAAAGCAUGCUCUCUCUCAGUUGGCGGGGGACUACCUGUUGUCCAGAAGCAGGCGUCCGUCCAGAAGAAGCCGCCCCGGCAGCAGGGUCAAGUCGCACACAAUCCUCUGGACUCCACCUGCCCAAUGGUGAAGAAAGGAAAGCAGAGAGAGGUGCCCAAAGCCAAGAAACCCACUGCUCUCAAAAAGGUCAUUUUGAAGGAAAGGGAGGAGAAGAAGCACAAGCGUUUGCUGGAGGAGAGAGGUCUGGUUUCUGAGGAUGCGCUCAAACCUGUUAAUGAUGCAGAUGAAGAGCAGAGCGACAUAAAUAUCACAGAUGAGGUCGGGAGUCCUACAGAGGAUCUGGACGAUCAGUCUGAAUUGAGUGGCACAAACCCUAUGGUGAGCGAAUGCGAAGAGGAGAAUGAAAAGGAGGAAUCAGCAGAGCAGCAAACCACCCCACCUGUGGCCUGCGUAGUCAGCCGGCCCAAAAUCCACAGCAGGAAGUUCAGAGAGUACUGCAGCCAGAAGCUGAGCAAAGAUGUGGACGAGUGUGUGACGACGCUGCUGAGGGAGCUGGUGCGUUUCCAGGACCGCCUGUACCAUAAGGACCCCAUGAAGGCCCGCAUGAAGAGACGCCUCGUGAUGGGGCUCCGAGAGGUCCUGAAGCACCUCAAGCUCGGGAAGGUCAAAUGCGUCGUCAUCUCCCCAAACUGUGAACGCAUCCAAUCCAAAGGCGGCCUGGACGAGGCGCUGCACAACAUCAUCGACACGUGUCGUGAGCAGGGGGUCCCCUUUGUGUUUGGGCUCUCCAGGAAAGCUUUGGGUCGCUGCGUCAACAAGGCGGUGCCAGUUAGCCUGGUGGGCAUCUUCAACUAUGAUGGUGCACAGGACCAAUACCACCAGAUGAUCGAGUUGUCUUCUGAGGCCCGGACAGCUUAUGAGGUGAUGGUUGCAAGUGUGGAGCAGAGCAACCAGGCCGAGGGAGAACAGCCAGCGAGCAGUGAGGAGGAGCUGCAGAUCAGCAGCAUGCCCAGUCCUGAGAGCACAGCUCCAGAGGACCCAGAACACAUAACAAUGUUGCAGAAGGAGGACAACAACACAGAUUUGAACUAUGAGGAGCAGCUCAACUCCUUGUGUUUGGACAGUGAAAGUACGGCAAACACUGAUGAAGAUGUGAAGAGUUGACAGUGGUGAAGCCCUCAGUGCCUAAAAAGAAAAAAGAAGAACCCACACGUGCUGAUCACGAGCAAAGAAUAAACGAGGAUGGACUUAAUUUCCUAUUAUGAAUAACUGCAGCACAAGGUAUGUCUGCUGCAGCAGAGCUCAACCUGAGGGAUUUGUAAGGACAUUUAUAAUUUUGCUAAUAUUGGCAAUGAAUCUUUUUUCUUUCUUUCUUUCUUAAUGACCAGAGUAAUAUUUUUGUGUUCGAGUUUAAGAUAAAUUGGCAAAUCUGUGUAUAUAAAAGAUGUGUGUGUGUGUGAGGGUGUUUCUUAACUGGAAAUGAACCACUGAGAAACUAGGACCAAAGCUGUCACUUGAAAAACAAUCCCACAAUAUGAAUUUUGUGUGUAGUAUAUGAACAGACUAAGGAAUAAUGAGAUAUCACUUUGUUUUAGCUAUUGUGUUGCAGCUUUUGAUUAUUUACGAAUUACCUUAAGUUUAUCGACAGGAACACUAGAGAAAUAAGUGGAAGCGAUGUGAGAUAGGAGGGAGGACAUUCACAGACGCUCUGCAGCCAGGCUCGGGUCGGCAUCUUGUACGGGCUGAAAUAUGGAUCAGUGAGAUUUUUUAUUUGUGAAAUGACGCUUGUUUAUCUCCCUCUGUAAAACUGCAGGAAAAUACUCCUCAGGGAAUUUAAGUUUGUGAAUGUAGAAAAGAUUCAAACCAAUUAGAAACCAAGCACUCAAAGUAACCACACAUGAUGACACUUUCAUUUCUUGUAUUUGCUUUUGGGAGAAAGUUUAAAGCCGAUUUAAUAAGUGAGUGUACAACGUUUUCUCACUUUUCAAACUUGGACACACAGCAUGUGUCAAACCUGUCACUAACUGCUGUGGUGUGUGGGUUUGUGACACAGCUUGUGGUCCUGUGUAACUUCCAUGUUACACUCAGUGUUGGAACAUUCAGUUUUGUUAUUAUGAAUUAGUCAUAAUCACAAGAUCUCAUUGAUCCUUAUUUGAGCCCAGUCCGUACCUCCAGGCCACCGUUGCACAACUAGCUUGAGUUUAAAGUUAGAAAUUAAACCUUGUUAUUAAUUUACCUUUUGAAAAAAUGACGUGAGAAAAUAGUUGUUCAAAAGAGACUGCACUACAUAGUAGAGUGUGGUACAACGAACAAUAUGUUGGGCUGCCAGAAAUUAAGUUAUUUUAAUAGGAAAAUCAGCCUGUUUGUGGUUGAGUCACAUGUUAUAAAGAACUAGAAAAUUGAUUAAUUCUUUCUUUAUUUAAAGACAACUUUACAGUCAUUGAAAUUGCUCAGUGACAAUCACCUUCAACAAGCAAUACACUACCAUGUUUGAAAAGGGCUAACUUAAGUCUGAAUUAAGAUUUCAUUGAGCUGAAGAUUCACUUCUGAUUAUCUGAUCAUCACUUAUGAAAGUCAAAAUUACUAAAAUUAACAUUUUAGUUGUGAACUAUUGAUUCAAUGUCUGAUUUGAAAAGUCUUAAAUGCAGACCAAGAACCUCAGUGAAUGUUGUGGGAUUAGGUUCAGGCACAGAGGACAUGAGGUUGUGUCAAAGAUGAUUGUGUCUUGAUGCACUGACAAAAAAUGUUUAAAGUUUAAAAAAAAAUUGAUUGGUUGUUAAUUAUAUUAUUUGUCAAUGUUUAACUGAAUUUUUAUCUGAUUUUAGUAUAUUCAGUUAUUCCUGACAUUUCUUUAUUUCGAUUAAAGAAAAUAAUUUAUUUUCAUGGGAUAAUUUUUUUACAGCUUCAGUUCAGAAAUAGAGCCGAGACGCAGACAUGCUGCUGAUUCUUAAAGCGUCUGUCGUUAAACCUGAGGCCAAAAGAAUCACUUCUCUUUGCAAAGUGCCACACGAGACCAGACACAAUUCUGAAACUGCACAAAACAAAUGUUUGACAAAGCUGAGUCUGCUGUCUUUGUUUCUAUGAAACAAACAAAUCAUAAGAUGUUUAAUAUUUGAAUGAUCUCACUCCCUAAAUAAAUCCUUUCAAAAAUAAA